AAGUUCUCAAACAGCGAAGCAAUUUAAGCUGAUCUUUUUAUUAAGUGUUAAUGCUAGUGUGGGAAACAGACUUAAACCAAGAAUGAUGAUAAUUAGUAACACACACAAGUUAACAACUCUAAAUUUUUUUUAGAUGAAUACAAAAUGAAUGAAAAUGAAAUACAGUAUCAUUUAGCUGCUGUUCAAGGAAGUUUGCCCUUGGUUCAAAGUUAUAUAUCAGGAAAUAAUAAAAUUAAUGUUGAUUGCGUGGAUGAGGAGGGGACUACAACACUUAUCUUAGCAGCAGCUAAUAAUCAUUUAGAUAUAGUCAAAGAACUUAUAGCUAACAGGGCAUCUGUCAAUGCUCGUAGAAAGACAGGAACUACUGCACUGUUUUUUGCGGCACAAGGUGGCCAUCUUUCAGUGGUCCAAGAAUUACUCAAUGAUGGUGCAGAUAUAGACCUUCCAUCAAAUGAGGGAGGUACUCCAUUAUUCGUUGCUUGUCAGUGCAAUCAUGUUAAUGUUGUAAAGGAAUUGGUGCAAAGAACAGCGAAUAUUCAUGCUAAAAUGAAGGAUGGUGCUACUCCAUUGUUUGUUGCUUCACAAAAUGGCCACCUCAAUGUAGUGAAAUUUCUACUUCAAAAAGGUGCGCAGGUUAAUCAGCAGAGAGAAGAUAUGGCAUCUCCCUUGUGGAUAGCCGCGCAAGAAGGCCAUGCUUUGGUUGUAAAAGAGUUGUUGGCAUCUGGCGCUACUGUUGAUCUUGCAAGAAAGGAUGGAGGAACAUCGUUAUUUAAAGCAGCUCACAAAGGACAUUACGAUGCAGUUGCAGAGCUACUUGCCCACGGUGCUUCCAUUGAGUUGUUAAAGAAUGGAGAGAGUGCCCUUCACGCAGCUGCUUUAUUUGGCCAUCUUAAUAUUGCAAAAAAACUUGUCGAGUCUGGUGCCGAUCCACACGUGCAAAAUAAGGAUGGUUUCACACCGUUAGAUUUAGCUAAAGAUGCGAACAGGGAAGAAACAGUUUUGUACCUGUCUACUGCUAGAAAAUCCUAUUCAACUACCGUUUGAUUGUAGCGUUAUAUUCACGAUGUGCGCUUGCAUUGACUGUACGAAAUUUAGAUUUAAUUAUAUGAAAUUGUGUUAAAAAUAUAUAUACGCGUGCUAAAAGCCAAGCUACGACAAAGGAAGAAAAUGGCGGAUAAGAAGUGUUGUCUGAUAAAUGCGCUAGGCUAGUUCUCAGGCCUCUGUAAUUUUACUUUGUCCUUUUAAAGCAGUGACUUUUUAGGAUAUUAUUUUCGAAA